AUGAAUUUAUUGAAGUUUCUUUAUGGAGAACCCUCGAAAUAAUAAGAAGUGAAUUAGCAAGUACAGAAACAUAUAAUCUACUCAAAUGAAGAUGAAUAUCAGGGUGAGAUUCUGAAUGAUAAACGUCAUGGCAAGGGAACCUAUAAAUUUGCGUCAGGGAAUCGUUACGAAGGGUAGUGGAAGAAUCAUCAAAAGCAUGGGAAAGGUAAGCUCUACUACAAGAAUGGGGAACUGUACAUAGGGGAUUGGGUUGAGAAUAAGAAGUGCGGAGAAGGAAUGCAUUUUUAUAUAAAUGGGGAUAGAUAUGUUGGAGAAUGGAAAGAUGAUUAGAGGGAUGGUGCAGGAACUUUAUAUUAAGCUGAUUAAAAUAUAUUCCAUGGAUAGUUUAGAAUGAAUAAAAAGUAUGGAACUGGCUAUUACUUUAACACUCGUGAGAAGAAAUAUUACAAAUAGCAUCACGAAUCUGACAAUAUCUUAGAUAGUGUGUAUAUUGAAGAAGUACCAACCUAUGUGCUUGAAAAAUUCCAUAUAAAACCAGAAAGACACCAUUUAGAGAGUGAGAGGAGCGAAGAUUGCGCCAUUAAAAUAGAAGCUAGUCCUACAAUAUAGAACGAUAGUGAUAAAUAAAAGGACAUGCAACCUAGUGGAUAGAGUGGUUAAGGGGAAUCCGAUCCUUAAUAGAAAGAAGAAGGUAAAUCAUAGUUAAAUUCUUUUGGCACUUCAUAAUAACAUGGAUUUUUGAGUUUAUAAGUAUUGGAGAAGUUGGAAGAGUUUGAGAGUUAAAAAAAUAUGUAAGAAUGGUAAUUGGAGGAUGUUUGCAAUUGGUUGGAUUCAUUACAUUUAAGUGAAUAUAAAGAUGAAUUUAUUAAAAACUAAAUGACAGGCAAAACCCUUUAUGCUUUAACUGAUAAUGAUUUAAAAUAAGAUUUGGGAAUCUCAGUAUUGGGACAUCGAAAGCAGAUUUUGUAGUCUAUUGAAGAAUACAAGAAAUACUAUGUGAAGUUCAUGGGGGGGAAAAUCCUAUUGAAGAAGCCUUUAGAAUCUUUGGAAGAUAGAAAGGGAGUUUUUAAUUCGAUUGAACAAUUGAGAUUUAAGAGCCUCUUUUCUUAUAUGGAGAAGAUUGAAGAGGAGCAAAAUGAACAUCAUGAUAACAAUAUAAGUUAAUCAAGUAGUGAUUCCCCAAGUGCCAAUAAGAGGAAGAAGAAUAUUAAAGAUAUUCCUAAAUCACCAACGAGAUCUAUGUCUAAUGAUUCAGAUCAAGGAAACUUGAGUGAUAAUAAUAAGUCAUUGAAAUUGAAGAAACAAAAAAGUAAAAGAAGCAAAAAGUAAUAAAGAAAAUAAACAUUGGAUUUGUAGAAAUCAGGAGAAUCAGCAGACGAUGAAGAUGGUAAAUAGCAUCUAACAUCACCUGUUUAAUCUCCAAAUAAAGCUAGUGUGAAUAUAAGUGAAUAAAAGAUUGAUAUGCUAGUAUUGAAUGAAUGCUCCAAUGUUGUAGAAGAGAACAAGGAGAAAGAUAGUCAUCCAAUUAGUGAAUUAUCAAAAUAAUAAUCAACAAAUAAAUAAUAGGAAUUGUAAGAUGCAAUGUCAUCGAAAACUCCACCUUAACUCACUAAUAACAAUGAUGAAAAUGCUACUUAAUAAGAAAAGUUAUAAUCAAUUAGUUAACAAUUGCAACGAUAGAAAUCAGAAGUUAAUGGAAGCAAAUUUUAAGAUUAAGACACCUCAAGUUAAGAAUCUGAUGUGUCUGGAAAUGAUUCAAGUUCAGAUUCAUCAGAUGAAGAAAAAUACAAAAAUCAAAAGAGAUCUAGAAGAUUAAGAGAAAUUAAUAAGAAAGAAAAAGAAAAAGAUGAUAGACAAUAACAUCACCUGCCAAAAAAACUAUUAGUGAUGCUAAAAGAAUUUGGAAUCAAUGAAAGAGUAUUAAUAGUAUUUCAUGAAUUGAUUAUUGGAUAAAUUAUUGGUGAAGGAGGUUAUGGAGUUGUGCAUAAAGGAAAAUGGCUUGGUUAAGACGUGGCCAUUAAAUCGUAUGGAAAAAGAAAAUCCCAAGGAAAUUUGAAAUACAAGUUGUAAAUGGCUGAUUUCCUGAAAGAAGUAGAAGUUAUUUCUAAUCUACGUCAUCCAAACAUAGUGUUGUAUAUGGGAGUGUGCAUAAGAAAAUAAAAUUAUUAUUUGAUUACCGAAUAUCUGGAAGAAGGAAGUCUUUUUGAUCAUCUUCAUAAAAAGAAGACUCACAUUGAUCAAAAAGCGUUGAUGCAAAUAGUUGAAGACAUUGCCUUGGGAAUGAAUUAUCUACAUGGUAGGAAGGUUAUGCAUUGCGAUCUCAAAUCGUCAAAUGUACUGAUAGAUUAAAAUUGGAAUGUUAAAUUAUGUGAUUUUGGGUUAUCUAAAAUCAAUAAGAAGAUAGAUCACAAAGUAAACAAAGGGGCUAGAAUAGGAACUCCUAAUUGGAUGGCUCCAGAAAUUAUGAGAGGAGAACCAUAUCAAGAAAAGUCCGAUAUUUAUAGUUUUGGAAUGAUCCUUUGGGAAAUUAUAACUUAGUAAAUACCAUAUGAAGGAUUGUCAUAAACGUAAAUUAUUGGAUCUGUUGGAUAUGGACAGGAUUAAGUUAUUAUUCCUUCUAAUAGCAAUCCUCCAAUACUACUUUAAAUAGCCAAAAAAUGUCUAAAGAAGAAUCCAAAUGAGAGACCUACUUUUGCUGAUAUUGUAAAUGAAAUUCAAAUGGGACAAAAAACUGAUGCUAAACUCAAAAAAUAAGCUAUAAGGUAACUUAUAGAUUUUUUUGAGUGA